AUGGACUAUGCGAUACAAACAGCGAUUGAUUUUCUGAUAAAUUUACCAUGUGACGAAGUUCAAUAUUGGCUGGAUUAUCAUGAAGAUGAAGGUUAUUGCAGCUGGAUGAGUAAAGAUGAUUUCGAUUUGAUAACAGAAGCCAUGAACAAAUACUUUAAAGAUUGUGACGUCUCAUUUUGUGGGAUUUACAGAAAGACAACAACAACCACGACAACCACUACCACGACGACGACAACAACGACAACGACGACAAAGAAGACCACGACAACGACGACGAAAAGAACUGAAAUGGUUCCUAGCUAUGGCGAAGAAAACCUGCUUUCAUUUGUGCUCUUGCUUUUUGUACUUAUAUUUUUGAAAAGAUAA